GCCAGUCCUGACCAUACAGGGACAGGUGAGGACUUGAGUUGAUCCUACAGAUGGCGUCGCCAACUGUCGUAAUGUGCAGAACACACGACAGUCUGUGGAGUCUCUGAGCCCUUCCCAGGUAAGCAGCAGAACUGCACUUUCUAGGAGGGUUGCUACCUGCUGCAUUGGAAAUGGAGGGUGAUGAGCAGGGAAUAGCAGUUAAGAAGAGAACUGGACUAAGCCUCCCUCCGACUAGAGUAGCACAUGAAACUGAAAGUUCUGAUGAAGAGCUGUUGUGUAGAUCCAUCCCUCUGGGACUUGCACUUGGACCAUCCAUAGCACAGAACGGUCGAAUUGGGAUAUGGUGUGUGAGCCAGCCAUUGCAGUCCGGUGCUUUCUUUGGACCUCUUGAGGAGCCAGAAGUGAGGGAAGUAGGAGGCUGGGUUAUGGCAGCUUUUGGCUGCUUGGCAGGUGGUGGAUCGCAGCCCAACAUUGUAGAUCGUGCAGCAGGUUGGAUGAGAUUUGCCUGUCCUGCAAGAAAGGAAGAGGAUCAGAAUGUGGACAUGGUUUCCUUUCAUGGGAAGUUGUACUUAAGGAUUUGUAAACCUAUUGAUCCUGGAGCAGAGCUUCUAAUCAGACCUGAGAUGGACUCAAUGUUGCCAAAUGGGGUACCUGUUGCUACACAUGGUGAAAAAUUGGGCUUGACAGGUGGGCAGCAGAGGGGAGAGGAUCCCAUUUCAUGGGUGGACAUUGGGCACAGAGAAGACGACAUCAUGGGUGAAGUGGACAUGGAGCACAGAGGAGAUUAUAUGACAUGGGUAGACAUGGGGCAAAGAGGAGAUGAAAGUAUGACAUGGGAGGAUAUGGGUCCAAGGGGAUAUGAUAGUAUGGCAUGGGUGGACAUGGUGCAGAGAGCAGAGGAGAGCAUUUCUAGACUGGUAAACAGAGAAGAGGUUUCCAUGAUGAAAAUGGAUGGUGAAAGCGAAGACCUUCUAAUUGAUGAAAAUUUGGGCCACUCGACAGCCACAGUGGCUGGCAUAAACCUUGGAGACGACCACCUUGUGAGCGGUAUCAACAUGGAAGAACGACACACCGGUAUAGGCUUGAGCCAGGACAGUUAUUCUAGAAAAGUCAGCGGUUUUGGUGUACCUGCAGAUCUUGGUUGGCAAGAAAACCUUGUGGGACCUGGAUCUCCAGCCCCCCUGGAUGAAAAGCACACCUCAAUGGACUCACUGGAAAUGUGUCACCUACCAGCCAAGAGCCACAGUAACGUCUGUAAAGAUGAAGAAAUAUCCAAUGUGCCCAUGCAUGAAAGAUGUUUGUUCAGUCAGAAAAACUCUGCCUGUCUGAAUGUAGAGAAUGCUACUGGCCUCUCAGUGCCACCUUCUCCAAAUACUGCGCCUGUGCAUAGUGAAAGUCUCGCCAUAGAGUCAGAGAACAUCACUACGAGGGCAAGCACUCGACUGGCAGCCAAGCCACGCAAAUUGCAAGUUCUAGUUAGCAGAAUUCAAAAACGACUUCAGGAGAGAAAGAUGAGGAGUUUAGAGCAGAAAGUGAGAGAGCAGGAUAAAGAAUGCAAGGUGGAGGAGGAGGAGGAGGAGGCCUCAAUCCUAACCAUCCAGCCUGAAGGGCAGGAGCCAAGGCAGGACGUAGACAUGAAAAACAAGGUGGACGCAAAUGAAAACCCCAAAUCCAAGUGUAGGGCAAAGAGGGGGAACUCACCUAUUGAUAUGCGUGAGAGAAAAUACAAAUGUGAACAAUGUGGCAAAAGCUUUCUACAACUUUGCCAUCUGAAGAAACACAGGCUGACGCACCUAGACUAUAAGCCCUACUUGUGUACAGAGUGUGGCAAGGCCUACAGCUCCCAAGAGAGCUUUAGGGCUCACCUACUCCUUCACAAGGGUGAGCGACCUUUCAAGUGUCAACAAUGCGACAAGGCGUACGGCACCAAGCGGGAUUUGAGGGAGCAUGAGGUCCUACACACAGGAAAGCGACCAUUCAGCUGUGACCAAUGUGGUAAAGCCUUUGCUCGGCGUCCCUCCCUUCGUAUACACAAGCAAAUUCAUUUGACAAAAGAACUGAAUUUGGAGAAUAUCAAGCUGUGCAAAUGUCCAGUCUGUGAAAAGGAGCUUGCAAACCGGGGGUCUCUAAGAAAUCAUAUGAGGCUGCACACUGGGGAGAAGCCAUACAACUGCCCCUACUGUGGAAAGUCAUUCCGGCAACAGAGCAAUCUCCGUAGCCACCUUCGGAUUCACACUGGGGAGAAGCCUUACAAGUGUGACCACUGUGAGGAGUUCUUCUCACAGCUGCCAGAACUGAGGAGGCACCUCAUCUCUCAUACCGGGGAGGUGUAUCUCUGCCCUAUCUGUGGGAAAGCCCUUAGAGAUCCUCACACACUCCGAGCACACGAACGUCUCCACUCAGGUGACCGGCCAUAUAAAUGUGACCAGUGUGGCAAAUCAUACAUCUUGGCAACCAAACUUCGUCGACACCUGAAAAGUCACGUAGAAGGUAAACCUUAUAAAUGCUCAUUGUGUGGGUCCAGCUACACCUCAAUGAAAAGUCUUGUUCGCCAUGAGCUUCUGCAUAAAAGAAAAGAAGAGAUGGAAUCAGUGGAAAUUAAAGACGCUGCAUUGCCGCUACAGAACAAGUCUAAUCCACCUUCAGCUGCACUGUAUAAGCCUGAAAAUAAAGACCAAAAAACUACCAAGGUGUGCCCCAAAGUUGAGGAGACAGAAGAAAAUUGUAAGGAUGAAAGCUCAGAGCUGUAUGUGAACACCUUCAAGAAAUCCAUCAAUGUGGCUUCAAGUGAAGCAAAGGUGAUCCCAAUGAAUAAUCGGGGAGGUGCCAAUGUGAACGGCACCCGAUUUACUGGGCCUCAAGAUAUUCAAGAUAUGAUGGAGUCCUCCCCAGAGCUCAGUGAUUCCGUGGUUACAAGUGAGGCUGAAGAUCACAUCCAGAUGAGUGAAGACUUGGUAGAGAUUAUCACCUCUGAAGCAGACAACAAGUGCCUUCUUGUUGAGGGAGCAAAGCCUCAUCGUAAUCUUGUUAUACUUCAGGAUGAGGAAAGUAUGAAUGGUGUGGCUGAAACUGUAGAAAUUUAAACUGGUUUAUGUGGAAAAGUUACUUCAGUUCUUAUUUCAAAUUAAAAGAUGUGUAU